AUGUCCAAGACAAAUGGAACCAUCGGUAAAGUCAAUGAAUUUAUUUUGCUAGGAUUCGCUGUAGUCUGGCAGGUGGAAAUUGUCUUCUUUGCAUUGCUGCUUGUUGUCUACCUGCUUACCAUCACUGGAAAUGUGGUUAUUAUUACAGCCACUUGGGCUGACCAUCGACUUCACAGUCCCAUGUACUUCUUCCUUUGCAACCUCUCCUUCCUGGAUGCCAUGGUGGCCACGGCCAUUGCUCCCAAGAUGACGAGGGACUUCUUAUCCAAGAAGAAGACCAUCUCUGUGUCCGGCUGCAUCUCUCAGUGUUACUUCUACUUCUUUUUGGGCACCACUGAGUUCAUCCUCUUGGCUGUCAUGUUCUUGGACCGGUACGUUGCAAUCUGCAAUCCACUUCGUUAUUCCACCAUUAUGAAUGUACGUUUGACAAUCCAGUUGCUGCUUGUGUCUUGGGUUGGGGGGUUCCUUUCUGUCCUUUCUCCUAUCAUUAUCAUCUCAAUGUUGCCUUUCUGUGGUCCCAACAUCAUUGACCAUUUCUUCUGUGACAUUGAACCACUGAUCAGGCUCUCUUGUGCUGACACUUCCCUCCUGGAGAUGAUAGAGUUUUCCCUGUCUACCAUUGUGUUGUUGAGUUCUCUGAUGCUGACAGUGGUCUCCUAUGUCUAUAUCAUCACCACCAUCCUCCGCAUCUCAUCCAGCACAGGCCGGAAGAAAACCUUCUCCACUUGUGCCUCCCACAUCACAGUGGCCUCUGUCUUCUAUGGGAGUGCCAUUUUCAUGUACAUAGUGCCCAACAAAGGGUUUUCCUUUGGCCUCAAGAAAGCAGUGACCCUCCAAACCUGCGUUGUCACUCACUUGCUCAACCCAUUCAUCUAUACCCUAAGGAAUCAGCAAGUCAAAGAGGUGCUAAAGCAUGCCGUGUCCCGAGUCCCCAAGCUCAGUCCUACAGGCUCCAAUGAGCCAGGCAGCAAUGGUCAUACAGGGACAAAUCAUGAGUCCACCUACACAACAGAUUCUGCUGUUUUUAGUGAACAGUACACCUGGCACCUGGAAGCCAGAUCUGCCACCCAUUGA